CAUUGCCUCCUGAGUGCUGGGAUUAAAGGCAUGUGCCACCACUGCCCAGCCUGAAAUGUAAUUUUUAUGUAUGGUUUCAAAACUAAUUAAUUGCACCCUGUUUCUUUUCCUCCUCAUACUUGGUGUUAUUUAUAGGUAGUAAGAUGCUUUUGGUGAAAUAUUGAGUUAAUGAGCUGGGGCAAUGGUGGCACAUACCUGUUAUCUCAGCACUCAGGAGGCAGAGACAGGUGGAUCUUUGAGUUGCAGGACAACCAGGCCUGUUACAUGAGAAACCCUGUCUCGAAUUCCCACCCCCCAAAAGACCCAAAAUACUGAGAUAAAUUUUGAGUUAAACUAUUGCUGAUAGUUUUAUCAGUUAGUUUUCUAUCCUUUUUUUUCUUAGAUCAGUCCUGCUUUGGUAUUGACAUUUUUGUUGUAGUUUUUCAAAGCUCCAAUCUUUAGUAUUCCUCAUUUCAUUUAAUUGGAUUUUUGCUUGUUUUUAGAAAUAUAGAAAUUUCUUAUUUCUUCCAUCUUCUUUGAAUAUCUUUGUUCAGUCUUUUGAGACAGAUGCCCAGGUAACUGACGUCUCAGCCUGCUUUCUUUUCUUAGAUUCUAGAACUGCCUUUUGCUCUGAGACCUGCUUGUGCUGAAACAAUGCAGCUGUGCACACCAGCACUGGUUACCAUUCAAACUGUUCUUGGUUCCAUUGUUACUUGGAAAUGUGUUAUUUACUUCUCAACACCCAAAGAAUUUUUGUGCUUUUUUUAAAAUAAGUGUCUUUAGUAGAUAUUAAUAAAAAUAAAUUGAUAACAGCUUCAAAGGAUUUGCUUGAAGAGGGUGGAGCUUUGUCUCAGCUACCCUCUGUGGUAUUGUCUGAAAGCAGCCCAACUCAAGUCUGCAAGCUCUCAUAUACAAAAGACAACACCACCACCGAAGACUGCCUCUUCAUGGCCAGCAUCUUCCAAAUACAAAUUCCCAAGUCUAUAACUUGUGUGUCUUCCCAGACUCUGGUUGACUGUUAAAUGUUAGAAAGAACACUCUUUUGCUCUUAAGCAAUAGUCUUUGGAAAACCAGUUGUAACUGGCCUGAUGCACCAAGGAGACUUCUAAAUAUAGGAGAAUGGGAAUCAGGAACUCAGGCGUCUGGGCCCAUAUGCGGCCGAAGAAAAGAACCACAGAUGUUCCUCUCACCAGCCACUUUUUUGUUUGUUUGUUUGUUUGUUUUUGCUUUUUGGACAGGGUCUUGCUAUGUAGCCCAGGUAGGUCUUGAACUCAUUGCAAACCCCUUCCUCCGCCUCCUGAGUUCUGGGAUUACAAGCAUAUACAACCCAGCAUUCCUUCCUUUUUGGGACCUGAACCACACUUUCAGUUUUCACCAUAGUGCAUCUCUCACCAAAGAGAACUGAAUUUGGAGCCUCUGCGAGCAGUCCAGUGGUUUGGGGGAAGAGAACGCCUGCGCAAACGCACGAGGAAGGUGAGAGCUACUUAACUUCCGGGUAACAGUUUGCCUAUGUCUAUACAUUUUUUUUUUUGGGGUGUGAAACAAUAGUUUACCAAAAUGUUGCGCGUGGUAAGCUGGAAUAUCAAUGGGAUUCGGAGUCCCCUUCAAAGUCUGGGAUGCCAGAUACCCAGUAACUGUUCAACGGUCUUGCGACACAUUUUGGAAGAGCUGGACGCUGAUAUUGUCUGUCUCCAGGAGACCAAAGUGACCAGAGAUGCUCUGACGGAGCCCCUGGCUAUUGUUGAGGGCUAUAACUCCUAUUUCAGCUUCAGCCGCAGCCAGCGUGGCUAUUCUGGUGUAGCCACUUUCUGUAAGGACAGUGCUACCCCAGUGGCUGCUGAAGAAGGCCUGAGUGGUCUCUUUGCCAACCUAAAUGGGGAUGUUGGUUGCUAUGGAAACAUGACCGAGUUCACCCAAGAGCAGCUACGAGCUCUGGAUAGUGAGGGCCGGGCUGUCCUCACACAGCACAAAAUCCGUACAUGGGAAGGGAAGGAGAAGUCCUUGACCCUUAUCAACGUGUACUGCCCACGUGCGGAUCCUGGGAAGCCUGAGCGUCUAACCUUUAAGAUGCAGUUCUAUCGCCUGCUGCAGAUCAGAGCAGAAGCACUCCUGGCAGCCGGCUGCCAUGUAAUAAUCCUGGGGGACCUGAAUACAGCUCACCGUCCCAUCGACCAUUGCAAUGCUGGCAGUCUAGAGUGGUUCGAAGAAGACCCAGGGCGUAAGUGGCUGGAUGGCUUGCUCAGUGACUUGGAGUACCAUGCUGGGUCCCAUAUAGGGUCUUUUAUGGACAGCUACCGUUAUUUCUAUCCAAAACAGGAGAGGGCCUUCACCUGCUGGCCAGUCAUCACUGGUGCCCGCCAUCUCAACUACGGUGCCCGACUUGACUAUGUACUAGGCGAUAGGACUCUAGUCAUAGAUACGUUCCAAGCUGCCUUCCUGCUCUCUGAAGUGAAGGGCUCUGACCACUGCCCUGUGGGAGCUGUCUUGAAUAUGUCCUGUGUGCCAGCAAAACAGUGCCCAGCUCUGUGUACUCGUUUCCUCCCUGAGUUUUCAGGUACCCAGCUCAAGAUUCUUGGUUUUCUAGUCCCUCAUAAACAAGAACCUAUGUGGGAGCAGCAAGUCCUGCAGCCCAGCCAUCAAAUCCAGGUCCAGAAACAACAAAAAUCACAGGCCCACAGGUACUCAUCCAGGCCUCAGAAACAUCAAGGCGGCUCCAGAAGAUGCCAGAGAAACCUGAUGAGUUAUUUUCAACCUUCUGUUAACCUUCCUCAGACUUCUCCUGCUGUAGACCUUCCUAGGCUGCCUCUUGUGGGCACUCUCGUUACUCCAAAGACUCAAGAAGAGGAUGUGAUAGCCAGAACAGUAGCCGAGCAGACCAAGGUUUCUGAGGUCAAAGAUAAGAAGGCGGUACAGACCUUGUUUUGGAAGUCUGUGCUGAGUGGACCUUCACCCACACCCCUCUGCAGAGGCCACAGGGAGCCACGUGUGAUGCGAAUUGUGAAAAAAACAGGACCCAACAUGGGCCGACAUUUCUACACAUGUGCCAGGCCACAAGGUCCUCCUAAUGACCCCUCAUCAAGCUGCAACUUCUUCCUCUGGAGCAGGCCUAGCUGAACCAACUGAGACCUGAGUGUGUCUGGCCUGGUCAGCUAUACACAGUGUCUGAUACCAGGUCUCCACCUCCUAAGCUGCCUUCCCCUCAGAGGAUCCCUUCCUUCUUCUGCCUUCUCUCCUCCUUCCUCCUGCCCUAGCUUUUCUUUUCCCUUAAGACAUUCCUCUUCUCACCCCGCCCUUUCUUCCUCUUUGUCCACAUGAGAACCAGCUACCCAGGAAGUUAUAAUUUUAAACUCCUGAUUCCCUCGAUGUGCAAUGUAUUUGUUAAUAAACAAAAUCUGUGUCUUUGUUUCAGUGUUAAAAAAAAAGUCAGGGAUGAGAAUCAUGCAAUGGCAAUGUGUUCUCUGUGAAGAAGAUUCACCUAUACUCCUCUAAGGAUGUUAUACAACUAUAUAACAAAAUGGUGGUUCUUGCUAAGUGAGACAAACGUGAGACAGCACUUAAAAACUUGAUGCAAGAGCAGACCAAUGGAGAACUAUCAGUUAUUGCACUAGGCUCUCCACAAAGUAUAGCUGUCAGUCACCUCCAUUGUGACAUCAGAAUUCUUUGGGUGUAUAGAAAUUUUCUAAAUGCUAUUUGGAUUUUAUGGAUUAUCCAGGAGAGCAAGAAAAAGAUUUGGGAGUCACCCAGGCAAAGAUAACACCCCCAGUUUCUCCACUAUGCAAGGGUGAGCUAAAAGACUCUGCUUGCUUUCUAGUCACUGGUAUAUCCUCCAGUGCUAGAAUACAGUCAUGACAACGUUUGGGAAUAGAAUUAACAGAGGUGGACGGGCAGGUAAUGGAUAGUCCUAUCUUAAUUGCUAUAUCAGUCUCAAAUGUAUUGCAUAGAUAUGUCUGAUGUGAAGAACUGAUAUAAAUUAUUCCUUAGAAAAAUCUCUGGCCCUGGAUGAAAUGACAGACUAUGGAUACCCCCAUGGAGGGCCUCACCCUCCCUGGGGAAAUGAGGGGAUA